ACCGGUCCAGCUCAAAAAAUAAAAUAUAAAUAUCAAAUUUACUUCCAUCCAAGUCCAUCCAUCCUUUAUAAAACCUGCGGUAGCCCAAUAGCCAAGCAUACCUGAAGCAACCAUAUUCUUCUUUUCUCGUCUCAAUCGCUACAAGCGUUCGUCUGGAAGGAUAAUCAACUACAAUGGCAUCAAGGAUGGCUGCAAGGUUUGUGCCUCGGAGGUUUUCAAGCAGUGGAAAAGUUCUCGGGGAGGAGGAAAAAGCUGCAGAGAAUGUUUACAUCAAGAAAGCCGAGCAAGAGAAGCUGGAGAAGCUUGCUCGUAAGGGCCCUACAGCAGAAGAGAAACCAGCUGCAAGUUCAGGGGGUUCAGUCUCUGAUGCCAAACCAAGUGCCUCUUCCUCUGGAGCAUCAACUGCCAAGGUAUCGACAGACAAGUACCGGAAUUAUGCUGUUGUAGCUGGUGUUAUGACUGCUGCUGCUUCUCUGGGUUGGUACCUCAAGGCUAGUGGAAAGAAGGAAGAAGUGCAGGACUGAGAUUGAUGUAAUUUGAUAUCGACAAUUGAAGAAUGAGUUGUCAUCGCUCGUUCUGGUAGAGCAGAGGAAUAAUCCAAACUGUGAACCUUCUCUGUAUGUGUUCCGGAUGUAUACUGUGUUCAGUUCCGCAAUAUUCUCAUAACCUUUUCUGUUUCGGGAGAUAUAUUACGUAAAUGAAAGGUGUUUAGCACCCAGUUUUCCAGUGCCA